AUGCCUCUAAAUUGCAACUUUGCAGAAGCUUUGUGCUUGGGCAUCAAUGACUAUCAGAAUGAGACACCACUGCGGAAAGCAGUGAGCGAUGCUGAAAACAUUGCUGCCGUGUUCCGAGACUUGGGAUGUUGCAAUACAGUCUUAGAGACAGAAAAUCUGACCAAGCAAAAGAUUGAGGAACUGGUGUUUGAUUUCGUUGAGCGGACAAAGGGCCAUCUUUGGAAGGCGGCGCAGCCUGAUGCCGUUGGUGCAGCAACGCCCGCGCCGGAAGGAAGUGCUGAAGCAGCGGCACAAGUAGAUGCUGCUGCAGUUGCAAAGCCUGAUGCUGCUAGCGUACCAAGUGAAGGUGCAAAGACCGAGGCUGGUCAGAGUGAAGUUGCAAGUGUUGUUGGUGACGGCGACUUGAUGGAUCUGCUAGUGGUGUUUUCUGUGGCAUCCCACGGUAUUUUUGCGGUGGGCAAAGACUUGCCAUCGAUUCCAUUGAUUAUGCCAGCAGACCUCACUUGCAGCUCCGAACCAGACGAGUUGAUUGACCUAAACAUGCUUUUGGUGAAGGGGCUUGCACAGCUAAACCCUCCAGUAAACUACACCUUAUACGUUUGGAUAAUUCUGGAUACUUGCCGGUCAGGCGCUGCCACUCUUUGGCAGCCUCCAUCGAGUUGCAACACUGGUCAACAAGCUGAGGUUGCGGGCUCUCGUGGGCCAGAAGUUCCCAAGACCAAACGCACUCCAGUCUCGCCAGAUUUCCUAUAUCUAUUAGCAUGUGACCCUGGUGGCUCAGCGUCGGAUGUCAAGAGUCUGACCUCAUUCCUGGCGAUUACUUUGCCGAAAGAUGGCAUCAGCAUCAAGGAUGCGUGCGAGGAGGCCGGGCAGAGGGUGAAAGAGUUACGCCCUGGCCAGAGGCCUUGGACGCACCAGCGAUUAGGAAUGGGAUUCUCCAAGAUUAGGAACAUUUGUCCUCCGCCCCAGCUGAGAUGUAUUGGCAAGGAAACAGCUGAGGACAAGGACCUAGAUCCGGCGCAAACGACCUCUGGCACAGGCCAGAGCAUAGCCUCUUCUUCAUUGUCAGAGACUCAAACAUCAUCCCCUACCAAGCCCCAGCUCGGACCCGUUGAGCAGGACGAAGAAGCGGGUGUUGAGCAGGGUGAAGUGGAAGGACCUGUUGAGCAUGAUGAAGAGGUUGAGCUUCUUGUUCGUUGUCGAGACGAUCUUUCUCAUUUCGCUGCCCUGCUUUCUCGUUUCGCUGCCCUGCUUUAUCGUUCUCCAUUCACUGUAGCUGGGUUCGGAUUCCUGUUAGCUUUGCUGGUCAAUGACCUGUUCAAGAACCAGUUCGGCGAGAUGAUUUUUGCUCACUUCGACCAGACUUACCAAAGUUCCAUAAGCUUCAAAUGCGAGCGUUCUGGUUAUCAAGAACUGUUUUUGGACAUGGCCAAGAUUGUUUUGACCUGGUUCAUCUCCCAAAAGUCCUGGUUCAGGGUGCUGCGGAAAGACGGCGAUAGAGCAACCUCACUCGACUAUUUGGUCGUUGUUGUUUCAGUUUUUAGCGUGCUCACUUCCAUCCAGCGUGGGCAAGAUUGUUCUAGAUUGAUUGCCCGGAUUGCUUAUUUGUAUGGAGUUCUCAACAUGACAUUACUUGCAGCUUCAAUCUUGAUUCUGAUGCUUAUCCAUGAGGAGUUCCGGGAUGUCUUUGCUCCAGCUUUCUUGAUCGCAUUCCUUGCGACUGCACUUUUGCCGGGAGCUUCGAGAUUUGGAAGGAAUGACAUGCAUCAACUGCAUCAAUUACAAUCACAAGCAACAUUCCUCCGGACUGCACAUUUGGCAACUCGGAGAUUUAGAAUGAAUGAAAUGCAUCAACCGCAUCAAUUACGGCCACAUCAACUACAAGACUUAAAAUAUGCCAUGCUGUCCUACACGCUCCAUGUCUUGGCUGGAGCCAUAUUGGCCGUGAUUGGCGUCGCCAAAACAGGAUGGCACAGCAGGGAAGAAGUCGCCAAGAAGUCACGUCAUUUACUCUACGUCUCUCUCUUUUGGAUGCUUGUGUGUUGGCUUUGUGGGACAGACGCAUUGAAAGAAUACAAUUUGGCCAGAGCCACUCUACAGAGGUUGUGCAACCUCUGGAAGAUGCAUUUGAUGGUGCGGUUUUCUGAUCACAGCAUUCAGCGUAGAAGACGGAAGGUCAGAUUUGGAUUGUGCGAGGUAGAAGGAGUCUGA